UAAAAAACAUUAAUUUUGUUAAUACAUUAUUUGUAAUAUAAUUUCUAUUUAAUAUGUAUAUUUUGUACAUAAUUUCACAUGUUGUUUACAACAUUCCCUGUUCUGAAUGACUUUGGACGCGUCAAUAUCUUAACUAGCAUACCCCGGGCAUAAGAAUGGCACAAACAAGGCGCGUGCCAGUCUUUGGUUCACGGCCACCUUGUGCAUACCAAUCCCGACUUGAUGAACGUAGUUUACAAAUACGUAUGACUAGAAUGGAACGAAACAGAAAAUCAGAUAAACCAGAAGAUUUUGUUUGCUAUGAAGACUCAGACGAAGAAGAAGAGAGUACUAUGUCAUUAUGUACUAUGCUAAACUCUUCAUAUAAUUUUGUUGAUUAUAUAAGAAAUCGAGAGUAUGGAAUGCGAGAGUAUCGUUCAGUUAAUCAAAAUCAUGGUACAAGGCAUAUUCUCACUCAUGACUUAUUCAAAGAACGGUCUAUACCUUUAAAAACAAUGAAUAAAGUUUUUUGUUCACAAUGGCUUAGCAGUAAACAAAUUGUCUUUGGUACAAAAUGUAAUAAAUUAAUGGUUUAUAACGUAAAAUCACAUGAACUGGAUCAAAUACCAUCCAUAAAGGGACGUAUAGACGAAGCAGUUGAUCAACAAAGUGGUAUUCAUUCAUUGAAAAUUAAUCCAUCCAAAACAUUAUUGGCAACAGGAGCAUAUAAUUCUAAUGAAAUUGCUGUGUAUAGAUUGCCAACAUUAGAUCCAAUUGUUUUAGCUGAGGGUGCUCACAAAGAUUGGAUAUUCGACAUUGAAUGGUUGGAUGAUGAGUUUUUUGUCAGUGGAUCACGUGAUACCAAACUUGCUUUAUGGCAAGUUCAAGAUAAAUAUCAAGAAAAGUAUGAUUCUGAUGGUGACCUUAUACAACCAGUUACUCAAUUUCUCAACCCUGCAGUUAUAAGAAGCUGCAAAACAGCUCAAAAAGUUCGAGCGAUCACAUUUAAUAAGAAUUUAAAAGAAAUGGUUACAUUGUCAUUAAAUGGAUAUGUUCAUGUUUGGGAUGUUGAACGUUUUAGACAAAGAUUUUCAAGAAGAUUAUCAUCAUGUCAGGACAAUGUCUGCAUGGCUAUGAAAAAUGAUAGUAGUUUAUACGCUGUUGGAUGUCGUUCAUAUACACUAUUACUUGAUUCAAGAACUUUACAUACUAUAAAGAAAAUCCCUGCUAGAUACAGUGGAUGUGGAAUUAGGUCUUUAAGUUUCCAAGAUAAUGUAAUUACAAUUGGAACAGGCGUUGGUGUUAUAAUGUUUUAUGAUAUACGAGCAGGAAAAUACUUAGAAUCCAGUAUUAACUCCAGUAGAGCAGUUGUUUUAAAAACAAGCCGAGGUUAUGUUUAUCCUGAUGAAGAUUUUAUGGUGGAUCAAGGGUUUCAACAAGUCAAAUAUACACCAGCAAUUUAUACACAUUGCUAUGAUUAUUCAGGAACAAGAUUAUUUUCUGCGGGUGGACCGUUACCAGCUAAUUUAUGUGGCAAUUAUGCAGGCUUAUGGCAAUAAUAUUAUUACAAUUGAUUGUUUAAAUAUUGUUUGUAGUAUUCUUAUACUACAUAAACUAUUUUUACCAACAAUGGAUGAAAUAUUUCAGUAUUUUGUGAGUGGCAUUUCUUGAAUUGUUAAAACUAUGCGCAAAAUAUUGAACUGUAUAAUUGUACAAGCAAAUUAAUUUUGCUUUGUUAUAAUUAAUAUUUUAUCAUAUUGAUUUUGAGGUUUGAACAUGAAACACUGAGUUUUUAUGAAGUAUAUCAUGUUCUAGGAGUAAGAACUAAGACUAUACUUGGCUUGAAUGAGUGUUUUUAUCUAGUGAUUUUAUUUAAUUAAACAUCUUCAUAAUUAAUUUAAAAAUAAAUAAUUUUUAAUGUAUAGCAA